AUGCCCUAUCCCUGGAGGCGUUUAGGGCCAGGUGAAUGGGGUCCCGGGCAACCUGAGCCGGUGGAUGGCAACCAGCCCAUGGCAGGGGGUUGGAACCGGGCGGUGGACUUUAAGGUCCCUUUCAAGCCAUUCUAUGAUUCCGUGACGAUGAUUACUGCAUGCAGGGUCAUGGCUAUUCAGGACGACUCAGUGCGGCACAUCGCUGUGCAGGUCACUAUCGCGCUGGAGUCACCUCCAGCAACACGCGCUCCAGCCCCACACCUCUCACAUGCCUCCACUUUGCACAGAGCCCGCGGCUGCCGGGGCAGGGAGAGCCGGGCAGGGAAGGGCCGGGCAGAGCCUCCCCGGCCGCAACCCCCCCGCCCCGCCCCGCCCGCCCGCCCGCCUGCCCAGCCCGCCCCGCGCCGCCGGGUCUCGGUGGAGGCCGUCGGGGCUAUGGGCGGCGCGGCGCUGAGCGGAGCGCUGUGCCUGGGGCUGCUGUGGCGGCUAUGGGCCGGGGCCGACGGGAGCUGCUCGGAGCGGUGCUGCCAGGGCCGGGACGCCGCGUGUGUCAGCAGCGGCUGGCGGGAGGACGGGGGCUACGGGAGCUGCUACUGCGACGGAGGAUGCCGGCGCACCCGGGACUGCUGCCACGACCACAGCCAAGCGUGCCCGGCUCAUCCAUGCAUCGUGGGGGAGUGGAGUCAUUGGAGUGGCUGUGCUGAACAAUGUAAACCCAGUCUGCGAAUACGUAGGCGCUAUGUGCAACAGGAACCUACAAAUGCUGGGGAACCUUGUCCUGCGCUGGAGGAGAAGGCUGGCUGCUUGGAAUACCUGACUUACCAGGGGCAGGACUGUGGACAUGAACACGUUCCCGCUUUCAUAACUACCUCUGAAUAUGGUAAAGAAAGAAAACUGAGAGCAGCAUCAUCCCCCUGGCCCUCUGACAAAGAAACUGGAUACUGUGUAGAAUUUAAAACAGAAUCACUUUCCCAUUACUGUGCUUUGGAGACUCGGCCGUAUGCUCGAUGGAUGCAGUACCUCCGAGAAGGACAUACUGUUUGUGUAUUUUGCCAACCUCCAGCUAUGAACACUGACACACACCGCUGUUCCGGAGAUGGCCAUAAUGCAGAUGGAGGUAAAAUCUUACACUGGGAAGCAGUUGGCAACUCUCGGUGCCAAGGAACCUGGAAGAAGAUUCGGCAACUGGAGCAGUGCUCGUGUCCCCUUGUGCACAGUUUUAUUUUUACGUAAGAGUUCAAAA